UCACUCAUUUGAUUCCACUUCACAAAUUUCACAUUUUCACACUCUCUCUCUCUCUCUUCUCUUUCUCUCUCUUUCGCCCUUCCCUCUUAAGUCUUAACUCCGUCAUAAGGAUCGGCGCCACCACCCUUUCUGCCGCGAAACCCCUCGACGCCGUCGUAUUAAUCACCUUUUUUUUCUCUCUCUGAAGCCCUAAGCCGAAACGGUGCGUUUCAUUUCUCUCCGAUAAUUUGUGCUGAUUUUGGAGCUCACAAAUAUCGCUAUCGAAAAACCGAUUCUCCACCACUUCGAAGAAACCACCACGGCUGAACUGUUGAAGCAGUGUUUCAGCCUCUAGUGAGAGAAUGGUUUAAGGCAGGAUAAACUUGUAUUCCAUUUGGUACUUAGUGCUUCCUCUCGCUGUUCGAAGCUUUUGCAAUAAACUGUUGAGUGAUCAUGGGAUCAGCUUGUUGUGUUGCUGCAAGGGAUAAAACCAUUCCCCUCAGAGCUGGAGGUGAAUCCGUGCAUAGGAAUGCCAUACAUUCACCAUCAUGGAGCCGCCGGUGGGAUAGUAGAGGACGUGUGGCUGGUGAGAAUCUGUCAUAUCAAGUGUCCAGUGGAAUCAGCCAGAAUGUUAGCAUGGAAUUAAAAGGGUCCUUAGGUUCUGAAAGGGGUAAUUUGUCUGAUGGGGGAAGCCCAUUGGAGAAUUCUGCAACACCCACCUCUUUAAAGUCCCCAGCUCAUGAAGGAGUGGAUGUGAAUCUGAUGACUCCACAUUCAGAUCUAUCCAUGGCAAGCACUUUUUCUACAGAGGUGAAGAACCAUGCAGAAUCACUAGAAAUUGUAGAUUCAGCUGCACCAAAUCUUCCAUUUGCCAUACCUUCGGCUCUCUCAACACCAUCUGUUGACACUCUGCCUUCCCAUACAUGUCCUCUUUUUCCUACCUCAACCCCAUCCAGACGGGCCCGUCGUUCACCAGGGCACCAGCUGUUGAGACAGGUCUCUGAUAGUCGAAUCUUGCGACUGAAAUCACCAAAUAACAACUCAAUCUCUGAAGGAAGACCAUCUUUUGUACUCUCCACCUGCAGCAACGACUUAGCAACUGGAUCCCAGUGUGGAUCAUCUGACGGCUGGUCAAUGCGCACCUUUUCUGAGCUUGUGGCUUCUUCUCAAAGAGAAAGGUGGUCUUUUGACAGUGAACACUUUGGCUCUGGCCCUGGCAAGAUAAGUGGAUCUAGUAGCAGGUUCUCGUAUUCUCCCUCUGUAGAGUUGCACACAUGUGGGGCCUGCUCAAAGCUCCUAACAGAGAGAUCUUCAUGGAGCAGCCAUAAAUUAAUAAUCACCAAUGAUAUCCCAGUGGCAUCUGUGCUUGUUUGUGGUCAUACUUACCAUUCUGAGUGCUUGGACACUAUGAUAGCGGAGGAGGCUGACCGAUAUGACCCGCCUUGUCCAAUUUGUACCAUUGGAGAGAAGGAAGUCUCAAAGAUGUCCAAAAAGGCUUUAAAAAUAGAGGCAGAGUUAAAGGCAAAGAACUAUAAGAUAUCAAAAAACCGAGUUGUGGAUAGUUACUUUGAUAGUGAUUGUGAUGUUUUUUAUCACCAAAAGGAUGCUGAACAUAAAGGGAAAAACCCCAAGAUGGAACCCAGUUCUAGCGCAAGGAACUCAUUUGCGAAGCCUUUCUUAAGGAGGCACUUCUCUCUUGGGUCCAAGUGGAGUAGAUCCUUGUCAGAGAAUGAUUCUACCAGGAAGAAGGGGUUUUGGGCAAGAUAUCGCAAAGAUUGAGCUCCCAAUGUAGGGAUUUUGGUUUUUCAAAUGUAGUCUAGCUUUGCUAAUAAGUCUUAGUUUAAAUAUUAUUUCAUUUGAGGAUUGUACAAGGAAUUUCAGACCCAGCCCGCAUGGGGAUAUAUGGAACAGUGAAUUCAAUCCCCCUUGUCCCCUGUCCGGUUAAGCUAAUGGGUUAAUGAUUUUAAAUAGGAUAAAGAAUUAGUACUAUAGUUUUAGUUUA